UUUUUUAUUUAUUUUCAGCACCAGAGAAAGACGUUAAAAAGUUGGGAGGAGAAAUGGGAGUUUGCUACUUACUACAUGGGCAGGCAAGUGUCAUGAUGAAAAGGAAAUCCACAGCGUGCCUUCUAAGACACUCAUGACCUCUGGUCCAAAUUCCAGGGGCAAAAUAGUAAUUUGGGAUGAACAUCACCUUCCCUGGAAAGGCCCCGGCAUUUUCCUGACUUUUGCUUUGAAUGGGAAGGGCACGCAAAGAUGAACCGAUUUGCCACGUGGCACGGCAACGGCCGUCCCAAGCUCCUUAAAUAUAGGGUCCGUCUUCAGAGACCCAAGAAUCGUAUCGGUUUUCCUCAUCUGGUCGGAAACAUCGCCGGAAAAACUGCAAACCAUCUUUUCCCGGCUGAUUGAAUUAGAGAUCGGAAGCAUCUUCCCCUUGUCUCUCUUAAUAAUUGCCUUCUCUAGAACAUGGGAUCACUGAAUAACACAGACAGCACAAGCUGCACCCUUGAGAGGCGCGGGAGAGUCUUCAUCCUCCGCCUCACCUCCGCCAACCCGAACGACGAGCACCGCCUCACGCCCCGCCUCCUCUCGGACAUCCUCGCCGCCCUCGACGCUGUAGAUUCCCACCCCGAUGCUGCCGCCCUCAUCACUGCCUCCCAUGGCAAGUUCUUCACCAAUGGCCUCCACCUCAGCUGGGCCAACCAAAAACGCAGCUCCCGCCUCCCGAAACUCCUUGCCCUCUUCGAGCGCGUCGCCCUCCGUCUCCUCAACCUCGGGAUCCCCACGAUCGCAGCAGUCCAGGGCCACGCUGCCGGCGCCGGCUUUCUUCUUGCCAUGGCCCACGACUACAGGUUCAUGCGAUCCGACCGUGGGUUUUUGUACUGUGCUGCUGUGGACGCGGGAGUGGCAUUGCCGGAGGGGUCUGUGACCUUGCUGAGGGAGAAGAUGGGGGGCCGGGCGUUGAGGGAUGCUGUUCUGAGGGGGGAGAAGUACACGGCGACGAGGGCAGAGGGGCUGGGGUUGGUGGAUUGGAAGGGGGAGGGGGAGGAGGGGGUGCUGGAGGCGGCGUUGGCGGAGGCGGAGGUGUUGGUGGGGAGGGAGUGGGAGAGGGGGGUUUAUAGGGCUUUGAGGAAGGGUAUGUAUGGGGAAGCUAUGGACAAGUUGGAGGAGGGGGUGGCCAUGGCCAAGGCCAAGGUGGUGGGCAAGAUUGGAGAGGAUGACGACGACGACGACGAUCUUUAGAUACACAAUGGAGCGGAGGAGGGGAUAGGGUGGGUCGGUGAUAUCUUUAUUUCGUAGGGGUAAUUUGUGGGUUUUUACGGUGCAUUACUAUUUGUUUUUUUUUUAUAAGAGAAAAAACAUGACUCGUAUAGCUGAUUUCUAAUACUUAGAAAAAUGAUGAUAAUUCAUCAGUUCUAUUAUUCUUUAUUUUUGGCUCAAGAAAGCAUAAUCAUAAAGUUCAUCAGCGUCCAUUCAAUCAAUUGGGCGGUGUAGGAUAAUGGUCAUUAAAUGGGUUUAUAAGAGUGUACACCUUUACUUGUUCCCACUGGCUUCCAUCGCCCUUGAAUCUUUUGAUGGAAGGAUUUCAUGGGAUUCAUUUAACAUGAUCAUAUGGAUCUCAUUGUAGUCUCCCAUUCUCUCAAGUUCACUACUCGGUAAAGUUCACCAUUGACGACGUGGUUGUAUCUCACCCGUGAAUUGUAAUCUCUCAAUUGUUUUGUGUAAAGAGAAAGUAUUGGUCACAAGGAAAA